AAGGCACGGAGAGAAGAAGAAGGAAUAGCGAGAGAGCGAGCGAGCGGGCGAGCGGUCCGACUCCGAGCGGGGGCUAGAAGUGCUGCAAGGGCAGUGAAGGGGAGCGACGACGGGGAGAAGUUGUUCUCUCGCUCUCUUCUUCGUUUGGCUGGUGGUGUUGUUGUCGUCGUUGUCUAGAGAGAGUGGCGUGAGAGAGAGAGAGAUUUGGGUCUUCCAUCUUCUUCGCCGUUUGAUCGUCGCUCGACGUUUGCUGGCAGGCAGCGAGGCGAGGCACUCGGGCAGGCACGCAGAGGCAGAGGCAGGCAGAAGACACAGGCACGCGCAGACUCUGAGAGUUAAGGCGAGAGAGAGAGAGAGGGAGGGAGAGAGCGCGAGGGGGUGGAGCAGGGCGGGCAGGCAGGCGAGCAGCAGGGGCAAAGGCUCGACGCGUAGACGAGGGCAGAGAGACGAGACGCAGCAGCUUUGACGACAGGCAGAAGAGGUGGGAGUAGAGGUGCCGCUGCUGGUGGUGGUGGAGGUGGCGCCGAGACGAGCAGCAGGAGGAGGAGGAGUAGUAGCCCAAGCCCAUUGCUCUCGGGCGCUUGUGUGCUUGCGCUGCUGCUGCUGCUCGACGACGACGUCGUCGUUGUGAUUGUUGUUUCUCGCCCCAUCUACCAGCUGCUUCAUCGGCAUCGGCGCCAGAGAGGGGAGAGGGAGCCACGGGAGGGAGGGUCGGAGAGCAGGAGCAGGAGCAGGUGGGCGGGCGGGCGAGCGAGCGAGCCGAGCAUCGCUUCAUCGCUGCAGGUCUCGGGGCUGCAUUGCAUUGCGCGGUGGCGGCGUCGCGGUGCCGGCUGGAGGGGGGUUCCGAUGCAGGAGCCGUCGGCGUGACGAGGCGGGGACGGCCCGGGCCGCAGGGAGCCUUGCGAAGCGCGGAGGGAGAAGAUUAAGAGGGAUUGUCACGAAAUCAGUAAAGCUGAUGUUUUGCGGGCCCGAUGUGGGGGGACGAAUCCUUUCCACAAGUUGCGGCUCGUGCAGGAGGAAUUUGUCUAGUAUAGCAGAGAGAGAGGGCGAAGGAGGAAGUAGGCAGCGGGGAUCAGCCGAUUCGUGGCCGAGGGCGUGGGAGUCUCCGUGCAUUUAUGGAACAGGAUGAUGAAGAGUUUGAGCAGCUGUUGGGAGAGAUCCCGCGCGCAACCUCAGCGCCCCCCCAUCUAGAAGAAUUGCAGAGAGCGUACGGAGCCGAGCUGAACAACUCGCCGUUCGUGGCAUCGCUGCGAGAGGACAAUCUGUCGCCGCCCGUGAAGCCUUUCAUCGACAUCCGCUGCGACGAGCAAUACGAGAAUUUCUACCGAAAUUAUUCCGGGGUGAAGAAGCUGCCGCCGCCCAUGGAAAAUCGCAACCUGUACGCGGAUUACCCGCUCAUGUCGCCCAAGGCGUCGUCGGGCAACAAUCACCUGUCGCCCUUCUACAGCGGCCUGGCGCUGGAUUCCCCGCGCACCAUGGCAGGCAUGCGGCGCCAGAAGCAGGAGCCGAUGGCCAAUCAGAUGGGCGCCAGCACCAAUUCGAGCAACAAUUCCGGCCGCACCGCCUCGCCGCCCUCGGAUCACCACCACCCGCCCAAAUCCGCCGACGAGCGCUCCAUCUCGGCCGCCUUCGGCAACCUCAGCUUCGAGGAGAGCCCUAGCAACGGGAUGAUGGGCGGCCGCCUGCACGAGGAGAAUGUCGGCCCCGGCGAGAGCCGGGGCCAGCCCAACGGCGGCCUCGACCACGGCGGCCCCAUGCCCAAUGGCCGCAGCGCGGCCAUCUCCAACGGCCUCUACUCGCACAUGAGCGCCUUCUCCACGGGCUUCGCGCCCGAGCCCCCGGGCGGCCCCCUGGACGCCUUCGGCAACCCCCGCCCGGGGGUGCCCUCGGCCACCAUGGACCUCUUCGCGCAGAAAUCCGCGGGGCCCUCGCCCCUCGAGGCGCCCAGCAACGGCGGGGGCUACGCGGGGCUGGAGGAGUUCGGCGGCCCCGUCUCGCACCAGGCCCUCGAGAAGUUCCUGCGCCGCGGCUCGCCCCCGGGCCUCGACGCGCACGCCUUCAACGGCGCCGCGGCGCGCCAGGCCAAUGGGCUUAUGGUGGACGCCGGGGGCUUCGCGGGCGUCGGGGGCUCCACCUCCGCCGCGCACCACCAGCACCAGCUCGAGGCCUACACUGCGGCCGCGCUGCAGGCGGCGCGCCUCAUGAACCCCGGCAACGGCAGCGAUCUGUACAGCGGCAUGGAGUUCAAUUCGAACGCGCGCGCGCUCUACUCGCACCGCCUGCACCAGCAGAUCGACGCCGAGCAGCGCCUGCGCGAGCGCCAGUAUCAGUUACAACAGCACCAGCAGUCGAUGAGGUUCUACGCCUCGCUGCAGGCGCACACGAACGGCGGCCUCGGCCCGGCCUCGGCCUCGCGCGGCCACUCGCCCACGGGCAACUCCUCGGCAAUGCGCCAGACCGCAUUGCUCUCCUCCUCGGCUGGCGCUGGGGCUGGCGCUGGCGCUGCCCCCGGAUCCGCCGCGCACCACCUCAAGACCGUCCGCAGCCACGAGCAGCUCUGGACUGUCCCGGGCGCAGGCGGCGGGGCCUCGGUGAUCGGCCACAGCAACGGCGAAUUGGGCCGCGCCUCGCUGAAUAACAGCAUCUGCCGCUACUACGCGCAGGGCUACUGCAGCCGCGGCGAUGCCUGCCCCUUCCUGCACACCCAGGCCUCGCAGGGCUUCGGAUCCGUGCGCGUUACCCCUGGUAACACCUUCAAAGAGGCCGGCCGCGAGGAUCGCCUCAUCUCCGACAAUAAGAUGCUGCCCCGGCGUGGAGCCUCUCGCGCAGCUGCUGCCCCUGCCAUCUCGGCCUCUGCUCUGCAGCGGCGCAAGCCCGAGAGCCUCCCUAAUGGCACCACUCCGCACAUCAACGGCCACGCCUAUGUUAAUGGCCACCACCCCAGCCCCAUCAGCUUUCACGGCGACGUCCAGAAUCACAUUCAUGGCGAGCACAAUUUGGAGUAUGAGGGCCCCCGACAUGCCAUCGUGGGCACUCCGCACCUGUCCCAGCAGAACCAGCAGCCCAAGUACAACACCUUGGAGGAGGUCGAGGGCCGAAUUUUCUCCAUCGCCAAAGAUCAGCAUGGCUGUCGCUUUCUGCAACGCAAGUUCGACGAAGGGGGCCCCGAAGAUGUACAGAAGAUAUUCCAGGAGAUCAUUGAGCACAUAAUUGAACUCAUGACAGAUCCGUUCGGGAAUUACCUUGUCCAGAAAUUGCUGGAGGUUUGCAACGAGGAACAGAGAAUGGAGAUCCUGCACGUCGUCACCGAGAAAGGCGAACUCGUCCAAAUAUCUCUGAACAUGCAUGGAACUCGAGCCGUGCAGAAGCUGAUCGAGACACUGAAGUCACCUGAACAGGUUGCAAUGGUCAUAGCUUCGCUUAAGCAGGGUGUGGUAACUCUCAUCAAGGAUCUGAAUGGUAACCAUGUUGUCCAGCGCUGUCUGCAACGCCUGAGCACAGAGGACAGUCAGUUCAUCUUCGAUGCCGCAGCAGUACACUGUGUUGAGAUUGCAACACAUCGCCAUGGGUGCUGCGUGCUUCAGCGUUGCGUGGAUUUCGCUUCUGGACCUCAGCGACAGCGUUUGGUAACUGAAAUUGCCGCCAACGCACUUGUCCUGUCACAGGAUCCCUUUGGGAACUAUGUGGUUCAGUACAUUCUGGACCUCGGGAUGCCAUGGGCAUCUGUGGAAGUUAUGGUGAGGCUGGAAGGCAAUUAUCCAUACCUUGCCAUGCAGAAAUUCUCAAGCAAUGUGGUCGAGAAGUGUCUGAAGCUAGCCGGUGAUGAGAAUCGCUCUCGCAUCGUUCGCGAGCUUAUGGGGAGUCCACGACUUGGUCAAAUGUUACAGGACCCUUAUGCCAAUUAUGUUGUCCAGUCUGCUCUCACAGUUGCUAAGGGAUCUCUUCAUACCGGGUUGGUCGAAGCCAUCCGUCCUCACCUUUCAGUGCUACGGAGCAGUCCCUAUGGGAAGCGCAUCCUCUCCCGCACUAAUCUUAAGAAGUAGUUCUCCUUCGGUUCAACAUCUCAAUGAACUCUCUUCAUCAAUGCUGGAGGGUGGCAGUGAAGUAGAGUAUUUCAAUUCUCGUGUAACACUCACGGGAGAAACGUGUAUUGGUCUCCUCUCAUGUGUUCUAUAUUAAGUUCGUGUCGUCGACUCCAUUCAUUCGGCAUAAUGUACAAAGCAAUGAAGAUGUGUGGUCAGGGGGUGCGUACGUGCACACUGUAUUUUGGGUGGGAUUUUAGGGCCAUAUCACACAAAGCAGUAAGAUGAGCUUUGAAUCUGUACAUCAGAGCAUGAUUGAUUGAUGCCAAGAGAAAACAAGGGAGAGCUCGUUAGAACCUGGUCUUUCAGGCCAGCAUUGAUCCCCCAUUUAGUUUCAGCAAUAGGCCCUGUAGAGAUGAAGAAAACACUGUUGAGGAAAUAUGGAGAACAGAGGGGUGUAGGGGGGUGGGAGCUGUCCUUUGUGAGCAGUCUCCCUAUAUUUUGGCCACAUUGUAACAGAUCCCGAGUGGACUGAUAUCACUUGGGGGUCUAAAACUGGGAAGGUGAGUAUUAUGGUAGGACACUCAGAAAAGAGUCAUGUCAACAAUAGGUAGGUUAGGGUUUGCUGGCUUAUGUUAACAUGUGGCUAGUGAACUGUGUAUGUUCUACCCUCUCCAGCAUAAGGGACGUGGAGAAUCAGGGCACCUUUGUGCAGUAAAGCUCGCCAAUCAAAAGAUUAACUAGUUAGUAGGUAAUCGAUUACAAAGGGAGAUGUUGUAGCCAGGUUGUAUCAAGCCAAUUUUUUGCUGGCUAGAGCGUCGGUGAUUUUAGAUUUAACCUUCUACAAUUCAUUUGUUGCAAAUUGGCUUUACGCCGGAGGGAUUAUGUCCUGCACUGUUGUAUCGUAAAUGGUAACUUUUAAAUUCAAUAUCACAUUUUCAUUAUUGUCAGGCCUU